GUGUGUGAUGGACGGUCCUCGGGGCACCUCCUUCGAGCCCCGCCCGGCUGCGGAGGUCCGGGUCACCGCCCGCCCCUCCUCAUAGUGCCCCGCUCUUCUUUUUCCGUCUAGGUUGGCGGCUCGCCUCCCUAUUUUCCAGGUCCGCUUUACCUCUGCUCCUGAAUUCCCCUUGGUCUCGGGGUCUGAAACCGGCCUGAGGUGCUCCCCCCGCAUCCUCGGAGUGGCCACAUAACUACUGGCCCGUAGCAUCCUGUGCUUUCUCCUUUCUCUGGGCUUCUGUCUGCGCCUGCCCCGCCAUGAAUGAGGAGUACGACGUGAUCGUGCUGGGCACCGGCCUGACGGAAUGUAUCCUAUCAGGUAUAAUGUCAGUGAAUGGAAAGAAAGUUCUUCACAUGGAUAGAAACCCAUAUUAUGGAGGAGAAAGUGCAUCUAUAACACCUCUGGAAGAUUUAUACAAAAGAUUUAAAAUACCAGGAGCACCACCAGCAUCAAUGGGGAGAGGAAGAGACUGGAAUGUUGACUUAAUUCCCAAGUUCCUUAUGGCUAAUGGUCAGCUGGUUAAGAUGCUGCUUUAUACAGAGGUCACUCGUUACCUGGACUUCAAAGUGACUGAAGGGAGCUUUGUCUAUAAGGGAGGAAAAAUCUACAAGGUUCCUUCCACUGAAGCAGAAGCCCUGGCAUCUAGUUUAAUGGGGCUGUUUGAAAAACGUCGCUUCAGAAAAUUCCUAGUAUAUGUUGCCAACUUCGAUGAAAACGAUGCUAGAACUUUUGAGGGCAUUGAUCCUAAGAAGACUGCAAUGCGAGAGGUGUAUAAGAAAUUUGACUUGGGCCAAGAUGUUAUAGAUUUUACUGGUCAUGCUCUGGCACUUUACAGAACUGAUGACUAUUUAGAUCAACCAUGUUGUGAAACCAUUAAUAGGAUUAAACUUUACAGUGAGUCUUUGGCAAGAUAUGGCAAAAGCCCAUACCUUUAUCCACUGUAUGGUCUUGGAGAACUGCCACAAGGAUUUGCAAGGCUAAGUGCUAUUUAUGGAGGUACCUACAUGCUGAAUAAACCAAUUGAAGAAAUCAUUGUGGAAAAUGGCAAAGUGAUUGGUGUUAAAUCUGAAGGAGAGAUUGCUCGCUGUAAGCAGCUCAUCUGUGACCCCAGCUAUGUAAAAGAUCGGGUAGAAAAAGUGGGUCAGGUGAUCCGAGUUAUCUGUAUCCUCAGUCACCCCAUCAAGAACACCAAUGACGCCAAUUCCUGUCAGAUCAUUAUUCCGCAGAACCAGGUCAACAGGAAAUCGGAUAUCUAUGUCUGCAUGAUCUCCUCUGCACACAACGUGGCAGCACAGGGGAAGUACAUCGCCAUAGUCAGUACAACUGUGGAGACCAAGGAACCUGAGAAAGAAAUCAAACCAGCUUUGGAGCUGUUGGAACCAAUUGAACAGAAAUUCAUUAGUAUCAGUGACCUGCUUGUACCAAAAGAUUUGGGAACAGAAAGCCAGAUCUUUAUUUCCCGUACAUAUGAUGCUACAACUCACUUUGAGACAACCUGUGAUGACAUUAAAGACAUCUAUAAGAGGAUGACAGGAACCGAGUUUGACUUUGAGGAAAUGAAGCGCAAGAAAAAUGACAUCUAUGGGGAAGACUAACAGCAGUCCAUGUUACCAUCUAAUUAGGACAAACUUUAAAAUUUGGCAAAUAAUGCAUAUUGUAUGAAAUCAAUAUUGUAAGGCCUGCUUUUGUAAUCCAAACUGAGAGAUUGCAGAGCACUGCACCAGUAAAUACAACUCCCCUUUCUAAUAUUGUGUAUUAACUUGUUUUCAUGGAGUGGCUAUUCAGAAUUGACAGGCGACCACAUUCUGUACUGUUUAACCAAUGCUGGCUUUUUUUCUAGUGAAGGGUAAGUUUUAAAACAACAUUGUGAUACUGAUACAGAGAACUUGAUACAGUAUUUGUAUCUUUUAAUCAGUGUAGCCUUUGCAGUUACGUGCUUCUGCUGCUCAAGAGCUGGAUCAAUGCAAUUUGCGUGCCAUCUGUCCUCUUGACAUUAAGGAAAUCUGAAAUCAAAUAUUCCAUAAUUUGGGACAGCAUCUCAAAGUUUUCCCUAUAGCUUUACAUUUUGUGUCCUGUCAAGUAUUACGAUAGUGCCCGUAUAGCCUGGCCACAGAGAUGGGUUUAUGUGGGCCUAAAAUUCUAACUGAACUCCAGACUUCAACAUUUUGGAGGAAGCCUGUGUGCGGUGUUUUAACCUGAUAAAAUUGGUGAGAGCAAAUGAAAAAGAAACCUAUCACAAAGCAGGUAAAUGUAGAAGCUUCUUUUGUAUCCCACGUAUGGCUUCUUCAACGGACCAAGCUGCAAUGAAAUGCAGUAUUGAUUUGACAGAGCCUUUCAUUCAAUGAUGUCUGCCUCAAAAUGGCUCCAAAUGAUUUCUGUACUGCAAAAUAAAGCCAAACUCGGGAAACCAAUUCCCUCUCAAUGAGUCUGUGUGUGUCCUGGUGUUUAAGAGCUAUAGAAGUACUGUGCUGGCUUCGACACAGCUGUUUAUUUCCUUUGGCAGAGCUGAAACUGAUGCUUAGGAGAGAUGCUGGUGAAGUGUGUGCUUAGUCACUGACAGCUUGUGAGGAUUCAAAUGUGGAUAAAAAGUCUGUUUACCUGGCUUCACUGUGAAUAGACCCCAGAUUACAUUCUUUUGACUCAAUAUAACCAAAACUCGUAGAGAUUCUUAUUGGUGGUUUACAAGUAUUGUUUUCCAUACAAAUGCAAGUUACUGGCUUUGAUAAUUUUACUUAUAAUAUCAUGAGAAUAAGUGAAUUGUCAGGUGGAAUAGGAACUUCAAUAUUUUUGCAUAAUUCAAAUUUUAGUUAGACUGGUACCUCCUUUCCCUUUGAUAGCAUAUACAGUGAUAGCUGUCAGAUGAGUGAAGACAACCGUAUUCUUGUAGGCUGAAUAUUGAUUCUUAUAGUUAAGUCUGAAGGGCAUAUGACUAAGGUAGUUAAUCUGUUAAAGCAAUUAGGGUAAUAAUUUAGAUUAUUAUUCAAAUUGUCUGAUUUACCUGACCUCAGUUUCUAAAUGUCAUACUACCCAUUUUUGGCCAGAAAGUUCUUUGUUGUGGGGGACUGUCCUAUGCAUUAUAUGUUUACUGGCAUCUCUGACUUAGCCACUGUAUGCUAGGAAUACCUCCCUAGCCCAAGAACCAGAAAUGCCCCUGGAUUUUAUGUUUCCCAGGGGACAAAAUUGCCCCAGGUGAGAACUUCCAGGCUUUAUGUGAGAAGAUGAUCUAAAAUCCCAGCAAGUCUUUUUCCCUUCCCUACCUAUAUUUUAACUUGUCAACUAUUCAUGCAGGCGGAUGUACAUGCUGGACUAAUAAGUAGAAAGAAAAAAAUACCAGCACUUUUGCAUGUUCCUCAUUUAAUUAUACUACUUCUCUCCCAGGCCAAUGGGGUCAAGAUGACAAAGGCACAAGUUCUGGAAGAGCCUAUAGUCCAGAUUAGACCCAUUAUUCUGUGGCUUGGUUAAGUGUUAAACUGUAGAAAAAGGGGUAUGGAAACUGAUGGCCUUGUGGGUAGGAUGUUGGAAGGGUUUUCAGCAAAGGGAGCUGAACAUUUGAGGUACAACUUGAAACGUGCUGUUGGGCAGACAGCACCUGACAGGUGGUAGUACAUACUCACUAAAUGUUUCCUCAAUGUACCAAAUAUGGUUAUGGCCCUCUUAUGAGAGUCUUAUCCCUGGGG